AUGACUUCUCCUAACAACAUGCAGUCAUUAGCUUUGAAUAACUCUGAAAAGGAGCAUUCCAGAAAUAGCACCUCAAAUACCGACGACGACGACGACGACGACGAGAUGCCUGUAAUUACCAAUGACAUGUAUAUUACCGAACUCAAGGAGCGAAUUGUCGAUCUCAAGGAGCAGAUCGCCAAUCUCAAGGAGCAGAUCGCCAGUCUUCAGAAACAAAAUUGCACCCAUAUGCUUUUUACAAUGAUUUUGGUUUUCAUUGCGUUUUUGCUUGCUUUUUUGCUUGCUUACGCGCUUCAUGCAAAGACAUAA